CUAGCCCAUAAAGGAUUGUCUCGCGGGCCACUGAGCUGCUCUCACUGUCUGUCGCGCCGAAGGUGAGGACAGACAGCACACAACUGGAUGAAAAUAUAUCGCAUACAAAAUACAGAAAAUACAUCACAGCCAAAGCAACGCAAGCGGCAAAGAUAGUAGUAAAAAAAGAAAAAAAAGUAUUCAAGGCUAGCGGAUGAGGUGUGGACCGAGGAUAAACAUCGCCUGGUUGGCGGGCAGAUAGUACCUUAACAGCGCUGAUUUCACUGUUAACAUCACUCUCUGACCGAAGGCUCGCGGAAGGGGAGAAACACAACAUUUACGCUCUCACUGUUAAGGAGUGCGCGAGGACCACCAAAUGUGAGCGACACGUACAGGUGCAGUGAAAUCAAACUGGAGGCGCGUUUAGGAUGCAGAAGUCACCUGUGGAAGAUGCUAACUUUCUCUCCAAAUUCUUCUUCUGUUGGACAUCUCCACUCCUGAGGAAAGGCUUCCGGAAAAAGCUCGAGCUGACGGACGUCUUCAAGGCACCGUCCUAUGAUCUCGCGGAUAAUCUAUCAGAGCGACUUGAAAGAGAAUGGGACCGAGAGGUGGCGACGGCCAAGAGCAAGCCCAGGAUGAUGCGGGCAUUGGCGCGAUGCUUCAUCGGCCCCUUCAUCUUCUUCGGCAUCCUCCUCUACCUCGGGGAGGCUUCCAAGACGGUGCAGCCGCAGCUCCUGGGCCGGAUCAUCGCCUCCUUUGACCCCUUCCACGCCCCGGAGCGCUCCCAGGGGUACUUCCUGGCGCUGGGCCUCUGCCUGCUCUUCACGGCGCGCUUCCUCCUGCUGCAGCCCGCCAUCUUCGGCCUGCACCACCUGGGCAUGCAGAUCCGCGUCGCCCUCUUCAGCCUGAUAUAUAAGAAGACUCUGAAGCUGUCCAGUCGCGUCCUGGAUAAGAUCAGCACAGGCCAGCUGGUUAGUCUGAUGUCAGCUCAUCUCAACAAGCUGGAUGAGAGCCUCGGCCUGGCCCACUUCGUGUGGAUCACCCCGCUGCAGUGCAUCCUGUGCGUGGGUCUGAUCUGGGAGCUCAUCGAGGUGAAUGGAUUCUGUGCCCUGGCAGCUCUCACCUUGCUGGGCAUCGUCCAGGCCUGGCUCUCCCAGAAGAUGGGCCCGCACAGGGCGAAGCGGGCAGGGAUGAUCAGCCGCAGACUCGCUCUGACAUCGGAGAUCAUUGAGAACAUCCACUCUGUGAAGGCCUACGGCUGGGAGGACGUCAUGGAGAGCAUCAUCAAGAACAUCAGACAGGAGGAGAUGACCCUGACCAGGAAGAUCGGCUCGCUGCGCUACUUCUACAGCGCCUCCUACUUCUUCUCCGCCAUCCUGGUCAUCGUGUCGGCCAUCGUUCCGCACGCGCUCAGCAACGGCAUCAUCCUGAGGCGCAUCUUCACCACGGCGUCCUACUGCAUGGUGCUGCGCAUGACGCUCACGCGCCAGCUGCCCGGCUCCAUCCAGAUGUGGUACGACACCCUGGCCCUGGUCGCCAAGAUCGAGGACUUCCUGCUAAAGGAGGAACACCGGGCACUGGAGUACAACCUGACCACCACAGAGCUGGAGCUCGACAACGUCUCUGCAUCCUGGGACGAGGGCAUCGGGGAACUGUUUGAGAAGAUCAAGCAGGAGAACAAGGCCAGCGGGCCCCCCAACGGGGACGCGGGUCUCUUCUUCACCAACCUGUACGUCACGCCGGUGCUGAAGAACAUCAGCCUGUACCUGGAGAAGGGCCAGAUGCUGGCGGUGGCCGGCUCUACUGGAUCAGGGAAGAGCUCUCUGCUCAUGAUGAUCCUGGGAGAGCUGGUUCCGUCGGAAGGGAAGAUCCGACACAGCGGGCGGAUCUCCUUCUGCCCCCAGACAUCCUGGAUCAUGCCCGGAACCAUCCGUGACAACAUCUUGUUUGGCCUGACCUAUGACGAGCUCCGAUACACCUCCAUCAUCAAGGCCUGUCAGCUGGAGGAGGACUUUGCGCUGCUCCCUGAGAAGGACAAGUCCCCGGUGGUGGAGGGCGGUGUCACACUUAGCGGGGGCCAAAGGGCCCGCAUCGGCCUGGCCAGAGCCCUGUAUAAAGACGCAGACCUUUACCUCCUUGACUCUCCUUUCACCCACCUGGACAUCGUGACGGAGAAAGAGAUCUUUGAAAAGUGCCUGUGCAGACUGAUGGCCUCCAAGACCCGGGUGGUGGUCACCAGCAAGCUGGAGCACCUCAAGCGCGCCGACAAGAUCCUCCUGCUCCACAACGGCGUGUGCUACUUCUACGGCACCUUCUCGGAGCUGCAGGCCCAGCGGCCCGACUUCAGCUCCCUGCUGCUCGGCCUGCAGGCCUACGACAAGAUGACCGCCGAGCGGCGCAGCUCCGUCCUGACGGAGACGCUGCGCCGCGUGUCCGUGGACGAGACGGCCGCCUUCCGCUCCCCCGACCCGCUGCGCCAGGCCUCCUUCCGCCAGCCCGGCCCCCCCCCGUCCGUGAUCGGCGACACCCACCACCCGGAGAAGCGCAAGCAGUCGCUCAUCCUCAACCCCCUGGCGGCCGCGCGCAAGUUCUCCUUCAUCGGGGGCUCCCAGGGGCCGCCCGCCCCCCCGCAGGAGGACUCGCAGCACCAGCUCUCGGAGCGGAGGUUCUCGGUGGUGCCGGAGGACGACCAGGUGGAGGAGGGGCUCCCCAGGGGCAACAUGUACCACAGCGGCCUGGAGCACCUGCACGGCCAGCGGCGCCAGUCGGUGCUCGCCUUCAUCACCAACGGGGGCGGGGGCAGCGGGAGCAGCGGGGGCAGCGGGGGCGGGGGACAGAACCAGCACCAGCGGCGCCACGCGCAGAUGCAGUCCUCCUUCCGGCAGAAGCUGUCCCUCACGCCGGCGUGCCAGCUGGCGUCGGAGCUGGACAUCUACGCCCGCCGCCUGUCCCUGGACAGCGUGUUCGACAUCAGCGAGGACGUGGACGAAGAGGACAUGGAGCAAUGUUUUGCGGAUGAGCACGAAAACAUUUUUGAAACGACCUCAUGGAACACCUAUCUGCGCUACAUCACCACCAACAGGAACCUGGUCUAUGUCUUAAUAUUCAUAGCUGUUGUCUUCAUUAUUGAGGUUGCAGGAUCAGUCAUAGGCAUAUUUCUCAUCACUAAAGAGAUCUGGAGGAGCGAGGCCAACCCCAACUCCCCCAGCUACAUCGCGGAGCACGCCAACAUGACCGUCUCCAAGCCCACCCACCUGGCGGUCAUCGUCACGCCCACCAGCGCCUACUACAUCAUCUACAUCUACGUGGCCACGUCGGAGAGCGUGCUGGCCCUGGGCUUCUUCAGGGGCCUCCCCCUGGUGCACACGCUGCUCACCGUCUCCAAGAGGCUCCACGAGAAGAUGCUCAGCGCUGUGCUGCGAGCCAACAUCGCCACGCUCAACACCAUGAAGACCGGUCGGAUCAUGAACAGAUUCACCAAGGACAUGGCCACUAUAGACGACAUGCUGCCUCUGGUUCUCUUUGACCUCAUACAGUUGAGCAUAAUCGUGUUGGGAGCUAUAUUCACCGUGUCCAUCAUAAGGCCCUACAUCUUCAUCGCAGUCAUCCCUUUGGGCGCCAUCUUCGUCUUCCUCCGGAAGUACUUCUUACGAACUGGACAGCAACUCAAACUGCUUGAGGCCGAAGCACGGAGCCCCAUCUUCUCCCACCUCAUCAUCUCUCUGAAGGGCCUGUGGACCAUCCGUGCGUUCGGGCGGCAGGCGUACUUCGAGACCCUGUUCCACAAGGCCCUGAACACGCACACCGCCGCCUGGUUCCACUACCUGGCCACGCUGCGCUGGUUCCUCUUCCGCUGCGACGCCAUCUUUGUCUUCUUCUUCACUGCCGCCGCCUUCAUCGCCGUGGGAACCAACCAGGAUAAGCCAGGGGACAUUGGCAUCAUCGUGGCUCUGGCCAUGCUCAUCCUGGGGACCUUCCAGUGGGCGGUCAUCACCAGCAUCACCGUGGACGGUCUGAUGCGGUCCGUGGACCGGGUGUUCAAGUUCAUCGACCUGCCGUCGGAGGACAGCCACCAGGACCUGGUCAUCGACAACCCCCACGCGGACGGCCUCUGGCCCAGCCGCGGGCACAUGGAGGUGCAGGGGCUGACGGCCAAGUACACGGAGACCGGGCGCGCCGUGCUCAGCAACGUGUCCUUCAGCGUGGACGGGGGGCAGAGCGUGGGUCUCCUGGGUAGGACCGGCUCUGGGAAGAGCACGCUGCUGUCCGCUCUGCUGCGGCUGGCGUCCACCGACGGGGAGAUCUCUGUGGACGGGGUCUCCUGGAGCUCCGUGUCCCUGCACACCUGGAGGAAGGCCUUCGGGGUGGUGCCGCAGAAAGUCUUCAUCCUGACCGGAACGUUCCGAAUGAACCUCGACCCGCACGGGCGCUACAGCGAUGAGGAACUGUGGAAGGUGGCAGAGGAGGUGGGUCUAAAGUCUGUGAUCGAGCAGUUCCCAGACCGGCUGGACUUCCAGCUGGCGGACGGGGGCAGUGUUCUGAGCAACGGCCACAAGCAGCUCAUGUGUCUGGCCCGCUCCGUCCUGAGCCGCGCCCGCAUCCUGCUGCUGGACGAGCCCUCCGCCUACCUGGACCCCAUAACCCUGCAGGUCCUGAGGAAGACCCUGAAGCAGUCCUUCUCCAGCUGUACCGUCAUCAUGUCAGAACACCGAGUGGAGCCCCUGUUGGAGUGCCAGUCCUUCCUGAUGAUGGAGGGCACCUCUCUGAAGCGCUACGAGUCCAUCCAGAAGCUGCUGAACGAGACCAGCCACCUGAAGCAGGCCAUGAGCCCUGCCGACCGCCUGCGCCUCUUCCCCGCCCUGCAGCGGCUCAACUCCAAGCGCGUGGCUCCCCAGGGGGCCAAGAUCAGCGCCCUGCAGGAGGAGGCCGAGGACGACGUCCAGGACACCCGGCUCUGAGACACCGCGCACGCUCACGCACGCACACACACGCACGCACACACACACACAGAGGCGUUGGCGCAAAUAGCGUGUUUCACAUUUUCAUGUACAAUUUGUGGAUCAACAGUUUGGAAUGACAGAGCUACAAAAAGACGGUAACGCCGUGCACGGGCCUGUGAGUCUUAGACGCGUCUCUGAAGUGUAAUUCCGACGAGAAUUGAACCCAGGGUUUUUUCGGCAUGACCCAUUAAAUAAGCCCUCCAGGCACUUUUUUUUGUUGAUAAUCGAUUAUAGAGCUUGCCCAAAGUUGCCCGGAGCAAUUUAACAGCCCAAAUGGCUUCCAUGUUAUUGGCUUGGGGCACCGCGAACGCUUCCAUGUUAUUGGCUGGGGGCACCGCGAACGCUUCCAAAUCGGCAUUUUUUUAACCAAUAAUAUUUCUCUAAAUUGCGCUUAGCAUGACUAGGGUCCCUACACAUAAAACGAAGCAUCCACAAGCUCGUUAGCGUACCGGGAGUUUAUUAAAAAAGACUAGUUUUCCAAGUAUGUGCCUUACCGGUCGGUCCAUGUUUCCAGGAAGUCCACACAGAUCGAUUACCAGCUACCGUAGAUAACAUAAUAGAGGCGCCAACAAAUUUUACUUAAAAAAUCUCCCCUCUUGGUACUUGGCUGUUUAGAAUUGUUUCAAAUGGUACAUCUAGCCAAUAACAUGGAAGCCAUUUGGGAUGUUAUAUUGCUCCGGGCAACUUUGGGCAAGCUCUGACCUUGAUUAUCAACGAGUGUGUGUGGAGGGCUUAUGUUAUUGGUCUUCAUGCCGAAAAAGACCCUGGGUGAAAUUUUUCAAGUACAGGGGCUUUGUGAAAACUUUAGGAAAUAGCUUUGCAGCUUAAUGCAAUGCCAUUGCACACUGUGUGUUUGUGUGGGUCUCAGUGUUUGUAUCUAUCGAAGCCUUCCAUCCCAUAAUGCACUCUGCAGAAAAUAUCUGGUUGUGCACCUCUCCCCUACUCAGUGUGAUGUGAACUUUAGACAUUUUGAAGGGUUUCUACGUAAAUGAAUGGGGUUUAAUCUAUUUUUAUAUUAGAUCAUAAGCUGGUGUUUAUACUGUUAUUUCUGAAAAACCCGAAUCGUGUGUGAACCAGAGCUGCCUUACCAUAUCAGAUUGGACAAUAGUGGGACAGAUUCUGAUCAAUAUAUCGUUUUACUGCAGCAUUACCUUUCCCUUCAUGAGGUUACAUCGUCUUCCAGCCGAUAGGGGGAAUAAUACAUAUUGUGGUACACUCUUAAAGGGGACAUUUACCACCAGGUGUGAGUGGAAUUAGCCUUUACAAGCCGUUUUGAAAAUGUGCAGCUUCUGACAUCACAGGUGGGUGUGUCCACCUAGAUGUAUGAAGGAUAGAUGAGCAACGGUUGCUAAGGUCCAUUGGGUAGGCUGGUAGACUGAUCUGUCCAGCACACACAUUUUCAAAACGGCUUGUAAUGGCUAAUCACACUCACACCUGGUGGUAUAAUAUGUCCCCUUUAAAAAGGGCAGUUUCUCCAUCCAAAACCCCUAAACACAACAAGGGCGUUCACUUACCCCAACCAUCGCCCAGAGCUAUUCUGCAGUGCUACACCAGAAGUACUGUGGAAUCAACAUGGACCAAAAGAAAACACAAACUAAGAGUGGUAGGACAAGUAGAAUUGUCUAACGAGGGACUGGUGAACAGGGCAAGUGUGCAGCAAUCAGUGAUGACCUCAUUCAUUAUAUCGCCUUUUCUAAGCACUUUAAACAGACACCUUAAGGUACUCCAAGUCUAUCCACAUCUGGGCCCUCAGUGACGCAAAUAACCCUGAAAAUACAAGCAGCUUCCAUGAACCCUAAACCCUUCCCUUACUGCGGCCCAGUAUUCACAAGAAUACUCAAUCUCCUGGAGAACAAAGGCAUUGAUCUUGUAUAUUAUUAGAACAAACUUUUAAAUAAGUUAAUUAACAUGGAAUGUGUUCUCUAUUCAUGCUGAUUUAUACGUUUCAAAUAUCCUUUACCACGCAUCAAAAUGUGUUCCUUUAAUUUAAAUUAAUUUUUGUUCCUGAUUUCCUUCAAGGUUAUUUCGGAAACUGGAAGACAUUUUAGCUCUUUAUUCUUAUUUUUUUGCUUAUUUUAUUGUUUUUUUUAGACCUUGGACUGUUUCGUAAAAGCCUUGAUUCUGAAUCUUAAGGUACCUUGAAAGUGUAACCAGGUCUAAGGACUUGGUUUGUAGUGUUUUUCAUUCAUAGGAAAAUGACUUGUCUAUGUAUAAAUGCUUUUGAUCAACCGAUAUAUGCAGUCUAAGAUAAACUAUUUUGAGAUUUUAAGAAA